GACAAGUUCACUGCCUCUUUGCAUCUUGACAUACUACAUCAACCUACCAUCGUCUUCCGGCCUUCCAACAAAACAUCAAUGACCAAUUGAACCCGAUAGAACCAGCAUACCAUGGGCUCCUCGUCAUCCAAGGCCGCACAGGGAGCAGCGCGUCGGUUCCCGACACGCGCCCCUGGAGCCGCCCUCCCGGCGUCUGCGCGACAGCGUCCACCUCCAGCACCACCAGGAGCAGGCGCUGAGCUGAAAGCUUCAACGUCCAAGACCAAAGAGAACAACAUCCCCGACGCACCCAGCACAGACAUCACAGCCGAUUUCUCCCGCCGCCUACGCGAAAUGGGCAUCGUGAAACCCCAACCUACCUACUCCCCGACCUCCCGCGUGAACCUUCACCCGUCGUCCUCGUCAUCGACGUCACAAACAACCCCUCCAGCACCACCAGCACCACCACAACAACAACAACGACAACAACAGGGCCGCGACGACCCCCCGGCCCCCCACAUCCUCGAUGCACCCACCCGGGGCACCGGCCGCGCCGCGCCGCCGGUGUACCCUUCCCCCUCGAGCAACCCGACCCUGGCGGCGCUGGAAGCGCGGCGGGCGCUGCAGGGGCGGGCGGACGCCGAGUUCGACAUGAUGGGGCGCAGGGGCAGUCCCGGGCGGGAGUUUCUGGACCUGAAUACAAUUGUGCAGAUGCAUUUCCUGCGCGAGAAGGGCGUGCCGGAUCGGGAGAUUGAGAGGAGGUUUGAUCUUAGAGAAGGGGUUGUGGGGAGGUUGGGGCCGAGGGGGGUUACGAGGCCUGUUGUUGCUGGUCAGGGGUAGUGUGGUCUGUCUGUUGGACGACUGGGCAGUGUACAAUAUCAAAUGCAUGUACCAUAACUACGGCCUGACCCAUUUCGAUGAUCGCUAAAUGAAA